AUGUGUAUGCGAGAAGUAACCCCUAUUGUUUCUGAGUCUGAAAAAGAAGAAGCUGUUUCAGUUCAUUCGGAAGACUCCGAAGCCAUUUCUGAACCAAUGGCUGAAGCUCCACCUCCUGUGGAAAGACUUCUGGGUGACUAUGAAGGUGCAAAUGCUCCUACUGGAAGGUUAACACUUAUGAACCAACCGAUGCAAAAUUUUGUGAAUGGCCUUAGAAUGAAGACUAAGCAACUCAUAGACACAGUUGCCGUAGGCUCAACAAAUUUUACAACAGCCACUGGAAUAAAGAAAAUCAUUGAAGCCAUUGCAGCAAAUGACCAUCUGGAACUCUAUGACCACAGUGUAAGUCAACCUGAAGGUAUCAUUGAUCUUAAGCUAGCAAAUCAAGUUUUGAAGAUGGAAGAUCAAAUAACAGCUGAAGUAGAGAGAAGACUUAAGAAAAUGACUCUUGACACUCAAACGGUGGCACAAGUAGAAGAGAUUAAUUUUCUGAAGCAGAACAAUCCGUACUCCAAUACGUAUAAUCUUGGAUGGAAAAAUCAUCCAAAUUUUUCUUGGAAGGACCAGCAAGGAAAUGCUCAGAAGCAAGCGCCCACCCAGUAUCAAAGCCAACCACAACAACAGUAUCGACCACAACAACAACAACCUUACCAGCAGCAGUUUCACCAAUCCCAACAACAAUUUCAACAACAGGUUCCAAGAAAAGUAGAUUGGGAAAUUGCCAUUGAAAAAAUGGCAGCUCAAAGUUCACAAUUUCAAGAGGAGACUAGAAGUAAUCUGAGAAACACUGGUGCUUCAAUAAAAAAUUUGGAAGUGCAAAUGAGUCAGAUUGCUCAACAACUCGUGGGUUCGCAAACACCGGGUGCAUUACCGAGUGCUACAGUUACAAAUCCACGAGAGCAUAAUAAUGUGAGUGCGGUAACCACAAGGAGUGGUAAAGUAAAAGAAGUCCCUGAAAAAGAUGAUGACCAAGAAGACCAAUUGCUUGAAGUUGAGUUGGAGAUAAAAGAAAAUGAGGUUGUUAGUGAAGAGGUGACGGUACCUAAACUAGUGGUUAAAGAAAAAGGUAUGAAGAUUCUGGUAAAGAAAAAAGAUUGA